AUGAUCGUAGCGGCCGCGGCUGCGCUCCACGCUAGCGGAAGCCUUCUCCAAGGGCUGCUGCCGACCCUCGGGCACCGCCUCCCGCCCCGGCCGGCCGCGCCGGGGGUCGGCAGGAUGGGCAACUCCUGCGUCUGCCGCGACGACAGCGCGGCCGAGGAGGGCGGCGGCGGCGGCGGAGCCGGAGCCUCCCGCGGCCGCCAGGCGGAGGGCGGCCGGGCGCAGGCCCCCGAGGCCCGCAGCCACCCCCGGGACCCCGUCCGACCCCCCAGGAGGGGGCGAGGGCCCCACGAGCCCCGGAGGAAAAAGCAGAACGUGGACGGGCUGGUGCUGGACACCCUGGCGGUGAUUCGCACGCUGGUCGAUAAUGACCAGGAGCCUCCAUAUUCCAUGAUCACCUUGCAUGAGAUGGCAGAAACAGAUGAAGGUUGGUUGGAGGUUGUCCAGUCUCUAAUUAGAGUUAUCCCAUUAGAAGACCCCCUGGGACCAGCUGUCAUAACUCUGCUCCUUGAUGAAUGUCCACUGCCAACAAAAGAUGCCCUGCAGAAGCUCACAGAGAUCCUGAACCUGAGCGGAGCUGCUGCUUGCCAGGACGCCGCUCACCCUGCCAGGCACCGCAACACCACGGCGGUGCUGGGCUGCUUGGCAGAGAAGCUGGCAGGUCCUGCCAGCAUAGGUCUGCUCAGCCCUGGCAUCUUGGAGUACCUGCUGCAGAGCUUGCACUUCCAGUCCCACCCCACAGUGAUGCUCUUUGCACUGAUAGCCCUGGAGAAGUUUGCACAGACAAGUGAGAACAAGCUGACAGUCUCUGAGUCGUGCAUCAGUGAGCAGCUGGUGCUGCUGGAGAAGUGGACAGAGAACUCAGACUAUUUAAAACGCCAGGUUGGCUUCUGUGCCCAGUGGAGUUUGGACAAUCUGUUCCUGAAGGAGGGCAGGCAGCUCACCUAUGAGAAGGUUGACCUGAGCAACAUCAGGGCCAUGCUGAACAGCAAUGAUGUCAGUGAAUACCUGAAGAUCUCCCCACAUGGACUGGAGGCCCGCUGCGAUGCCUCCUCCUUCGAGAGCGUUCGCUGCACCUUCUGCGUGGACUCUGGGCUCUGGUACUACGAGGUGACGGUCAUCACCUCGGGGGUGAUGCAGAUCGGCUGGGCCACCAAAGACAGCAAGUUCCUCAACCAUGAGGGCUACGGCAUCGGCGACGAUGAAUACUCCUGCGCCUACGACGGCUGCCGGCAGCUGAUCUGGUACAACGCCAGGAGCAAGCCGCACUCCCACCCCUGCUGGAAAGAAGGGGACACAAUAGGAUUCCUCCUGGACCUGCAGGAAAAGCAGAUGAUCUUCUAUCUGAAUGGCAACCAGCUGCCUGCUGAGAAGCAAGUGUUCUCCUCUGCUGUAUCUGGCUUCUUUGCUGCAGCCAGCUUCAUGUCCUACCAACAAUGUGAGUUCAACUUUGGGGCAAAGCCUUUCAAGUACCCCCCAGCACUGAAGUUCAGUACUUUCAAUGACUAUGCCUUCCUGACAGCAGAAGAGAAAAUCAUCCUGCCCAGACACCGGCGCCUGGCGCUGCUGAGGCAGGUGAGCAUCCGGGAGAACUGCUGCACGCUCUGCUGCGACGAGCUGGCCGACACCGAGCUGCGGCCCUGCGGGCACAGUGACCUGUGCAUGGAGUGUGCCUUGCAGCUGGAGACCUGCCCUUUGUGUCGCCAGGAGAUCCAGACCCGCGUCAGACAGAUCUCCCACAUCUCAUGACACAGGGGGAG